AUGUUUCCAUUUACUAAAAGGUGGGACCCAAAGGACAAGCAUUGCUACGUGUCAGGAGGAAGUACGGGUCUUGGGCUUGCACUUUCUGUUCUGCUAGUAAAGGCGGGUGCUCAUGUUUCCAUCGUGGCACGUAAUCAGGAGAAGUUGGAUGAGGCCAUCAAGCGUCUGGAAAGCCUCAGAGUGCAUGAGGGGCAGAUCAUCAAGUCCUACUCGUUUUCAUUGAGUUCAGGAGACGAAUCGACAAGAGCACUCGAUGCAGCGUGCGCUCUCCAUGGAGGAAAAUCCCCAGAUGCGCUCUUCUUGUGUGCGGGGGCCUCUAGGCCGAGGUUUAUCGUCGACUCGACUGAACAAGAUAUGCUACAGGGGAUGGUGGAAGGCUAUUGGGUACAAGCUUGGUCUGCAAUUGCUGCCGUGAAACGUAUGGCGCAUGAAGGUGCGAAAGGAAAAAUAGUACUGGUCGGCUCGACACUCUCAUAUAUGGCAUUUGUCGGAUACGGCUCGUAUACCCCCGCCAAACAUGCGUUAAGAGGUUUUUCGGAUACUUUGCGCAACGAAUGCCUGCUUUAUGGCAUCGAUGUUCAUUUCUAUGCUCCAAAUACGAUGCAUACUGCUGGCUACGAGGUAGAGCAGCAAACUAAACCUUGGAUCACCAACAAAAUUGAGGAAGGAGACUCUCCAACCACCUCCGAGAAAGCUGCGGCAUCCUUGCUAAAAGGGGUGCAAAAGGGACAGGCACAUAUUGCCGGGGAUCUCAUUACCCAUCUCUUCCGGGCAUCAACCCGUGGUGCAGCACCCUACAAUAAUCCCCUUGUUGAUGGUAUCUUGGGCUUCAUAGCAUGGAUUGGAGUACCAAUUUGGCGUCGCUCUGCUGAUUCCGCUGUUCGUGCUCAUCGCACACAGCACGCAGAGUACCUCCGGCAAAUGAAUAGCUAGGUAGUCGAACGGACGGUUAGGGCGGAAUCGCUCUCCAGUGCAUCCCCGAGUAUUCCCCAACAUGAGAACAGGAAUGAUACAUUAUUGCCGUAGAUAUAAGUCCACUCUAGGACACAUAAUGUUUGAGAUCUUUCUCGUAUUUCCUAAUGCCCUCUUGGGUUCCUUGCCAACUCUCUGGAUGCAUGAGCUUUCAGUAGAUAAACCUAUCCGUGGUCUGAGAAUGGUCAGUUGAGUGGGAAGUCUACAGGACGCGGAGACAAGUGGAGACCAUCUAGUAAUUAGCGCUUGUACUGGUGGUUAUGGUAGUCACAUUUACUGCCCAGCAUGGGCUGUGUGACAUCUAGGUCGGAAGGAAUGGGAACCGUUAAGGAAGCCAAGCUAUGAAAUCAAAUAUCUGUAAUAUUUCAC